AUGAUUUGCCUGGUUCUGCACUGUGGUUUCCUGCUUCAUGCCAUUGAAACAUCCAUCACCGUUUAUUAUACAACCUUACCUCUCGCCAGUUCCCAGGGACAUUUCCCAAGUCUUGAAAAUGUGGGUGCUUUCAAGAACAUUUCCAUUGUGCCAUCCCAAGCGACCUGUGGACUGCCAGAAAGGAGUACUUUUUGUCAAAGUUCAGCUGUGGUUGAAAGUAUUAACUUCUGUAUCCGGCAAUUUUGCAUUCAGAAGUGUCCGUAUAGAUCAUCUCCUGCUUCUUAUGCUGCCAUUCUCUCAGAAGGCCUGGGCAAUGUUAUCCAGCAAGAUCAAAAUGAUGUGCCUCCUGGAUCUUUUAGCAACACAAGUAUUAUUUUUCAUGGUGAAAAGGAUUGUUUUUCCACUCCUCAUCCUCGGAAGCUUACUGUUUCAUUUACUUUAUCUGUAUGGUUGAAACCCGAGAAAGAAGGUGUAAUGUGUAUAGUGGAGAAAACUGUUCAUGGGCAGACUGUGUUCAAGCUUACAAUUUCUGAGAAAGAGACAGUGUUUUAUUAUCGCACUAUAAAUGGGCUGCAGCUACCGAUAAAAGUAAUGACACUGAGGAGAAUUCUGGUGAAGAAAUGGAAUCAUCUUAGCGUGCAGGUUCAUCACAACAGAAUUAGUUUCUUCAUAAAUGGUUUGGAAGAUGAUGAUACAGCCUUUGAUUCCAGAAUUCUCACAGGGCUAAUAGCAGAUCCCUCUAUUGAUGGUGAAUGGAGAAUUGGGCAAAAUUUAAAUGGUUCAGAGCAAUUUGUUGGGAAGAUGCAAGAUUUCAGAUUGUACCAAAUGGCCCUUACAAACAGAGACAUUUUUGAAGUAUGGUCUGGAAAAAUUCCUCAACUUCAUAUUCAAUCAGAAUGUCGCUGUCCUGGAAGUCACCCAAGGGUACAUCCUUUGGUUCAGAGGUAUUGCAUUCCUAAUGGUGCAGAUGACACAACGAAUGACAGAGUGCUCAGACUAAACCCUGAAGCUCACCCUUUAAGCUAUAUCAAUGAUAAUGAUAUUGGGACUACGUGGAUUUCAUCUAUAUUUAACACCACUGAACAUCUACGUCAUGGAGUAACCAUCACCAUUGACUUAGAAAAUGGACAGUACCAGGUGUUUUAUGUUAUAAUCCAGUUCUUCAGCCCUCAGCCUGAAGCAAUCCGAAUACAAAGAAAAAAGCACCCCUCCAUUGGUUGGGAAGACUGGCAAUAUUUUGCAAGGGAUUGUAGUGUGGUUGGAAUGGAGAAUAACGGAUCACUGCAAUAUCCAGAUUCUGUAAACUGUCUACAGGUGGCUAGCCAUCCUCCAUAUUCCCAUGGAAAUAUUACUUUCAGUAUUCUUACUCCGGAACCAAAUCAUCGCCCAGGAUAUAAUGAUUUUUACAAUACACCAUCACUUCAAGAGUUUGUCAAAGUCACAAAAAUUAAGAUUCAUCUAUUUGGCCAGUAUCACACUACUAUGCCCUGGGUUAAUUUUGGACAUAGAUACUAUGGAAUUGAUGAAAUUACAAUCAGUGGAAGAUGUAAUUGCUUUGGCCAUGCUGAUCAUUGUGACACAAGUCAUAAUCCUUACAAAUGUCUCUGUUCCGCGGAAAGUUACACAGAAGGCAACAAUUGUGAUCACUGUCAGCCACUGUAUAAUGACAAGCCAUUCCAUCCAGGAGAUCAAGUUCAUGCUUAUAAUUGCAAACCUUGUCAAUGUUUUAACCAUGCUGUAAGCUGUCAUUACAACAGAACAAUAGAUUACUUUCCUAACGAAUAUUAUAGAGGUGGUGGUGGAGUCUGCGAUAAUUGUCAACAUAACACCUCAGGAAGAAAUUGUGAGUUGUGUAAUGAUUUCUUCUAUCGGCAUAUAGAUGCGGAUCUCUCAGCUUUGGAUGUUUGUAAACCCUGUGAAUGUUACUCAGCAGGCACCAAAAAUGGUAGUUGUUUUUGCAAUAAGAUUGGAGGAAAAUGUAAUUGCAAAAGACAUGUGUCUGGUAGACAAUGCAAUCAAUGCCAGGAAGGAUUCUACAAUCUGCAAGAGUUCAACCCUGAUGGCUGCAGCCCCUGCAGCUGUAAUGCCUCUGGGACAGUUGAUGGAGAUACUACCUGUCACCAAAAUUCAGGCCAGUGCAAAUGCAAAGAAAAUGUUAUUGGUCUCAGGUGUGAUCAGUGCAAGUCUGGAUAUAAAGUCAUCCAGAAUAUUAAGCAAGAUGGGUGUGAGCCUUGCCUGUGUAACAUCCAUGGUUCCAUGAACAAUUUGUGUAAUCCUUCCACUGGACAGUGCACUUGUAAGAAAGAGGUUAAAGGACUUCAUUGUGAUACCUGCAUUGAUGGCUUUUAUUGGAUGGAUGCUUUUGGCUGUAAACCUUGUAGUUGUCAAAUAGCAGGAUCGGUUUCUGAUACAGUGUGCAAUCCCAAAACAGGACAGUGUAUUUGCAAGCCUAACUUUGGUGAAAGGCAAUGUGAUGAUUGCUUAAAUGGGUAUUAUAAAGAAUGGCAAAACAAUGCUUCAUUCUGUGUGCCGUGUAACUGUGAUAAGUCUGGUUCUGUAAAUGGCUCUUUAGUGUGUGACAAAUUGACAGGACAGUGUCCUUGCAAAUCUGGUGUCACUGCUCUUCAGUGCAAUCAGUGCAGGCCUUAUAUGUAUAACCUUACUACUCAAAAUAUUCUUGGCUGCAUGCCUUGUGACUGUGAUCCUCUAGGGACACUUCCAGGAACAGCAUGUGACCAAACCAGUGGACAAUGUAUUUGUCAGCCUCACCGCCAGGGAAGAAGAUGUGAAAAGUGUAAGCCAGGUUUUUAUAUUUGUGCACCUCGUGAGAGCAGCUGCCUUCCCUGUUUGUGCCAUCCAAGUGGCUCAGUCAGCAAUACUUGUGACACUCUCACAGGCCAGUGUGUUUGCCAUGAUUCUUCUGUAUCUGGGAUGAAAUGUGACCAUUGUAGUGACAACUAUUUUGGAUUCAACUCAGAAACUGGGAAAUGUCAGCAUUGUAAUUGUCAUCCUGCUGGAGCUAUUAAUUGGACUUGUCAUCCCAUUACUGGACAAUGUAUGUGUAAACAAUUUGCAGCUGGCUUAAAAUGUGACAACUGUGUUCCCAAUGCUAGCAAUUUGGAUAUCCACAACCUAUUUGGCUGCAGUAAAACUCCUUCCCAGCAGCCUCCCCCCAAAGGGCAGAUUGUAAAUUCUUCAGCUAUCAGAGUCACUUGGAAUCCACCCGAUUCUCCGAAUUCAAAUUGGCUUGCUUACAAACUGUACAGAAAUGGGACUCAGAUCUACACAGCAGAGGACUACCAUCCUUACAGCCUCCAGGUCUUUGUUGAUAGCGAUUUACUUCCGUAUACCUUCUAUACGUAUUACCUUGAAGCAAGCAACAUCCACGGAUUUACAAGAAGUACUGAGUUGACCUACAGAACACAACCUGGGAUACCUCUAGGAAAUCUGCAUUUAAAUCCAGUCUUUCCUGUUGGACCCUAUUCUAUUUCUUUUAACUGGACAGCCUUAUCAAAUGACACUGGUCCAAUAGAGAAAUAUAUUUUGACGUGCAUUUCUUCAUUUGAACAUCGAUCUUGUGGCCAGCAUGAAAGCUUGGGGACUUCUAUAACUGUCUGGAAUUUAGUUCCAUUUGAAAAAUACAACUUUUAUGUUCAAGCAUGUACUAGUGGAGGCUGUUUGCUAAGCCAGCAACUGUCAAUAGUUACUGCACAAGCACCUCCUGAGGAGCAGCUACCUCCAGUCAUAAGGAAUAUUAGCUCUACUGAAUUGGCUGUAGAAUGGGCCCCACCCAGGAAAACCAAUGGUGUAAUUAUUAGAUAUGAAUUAUAUAUGAAAGGAAGUGUACAAUCCAAUGGAAGUCAUGUUUCCCCUGAGAACUGUGUUUUCCAAAGCAAUGGAUGGUUCAAUCUUCAUCCAGUGGAAGAAUCUAUACAUGAGAAAGCUUUGACACCACCUGUAACUAGUACUGUCAUCACUGAUUUGGAGCCAUUCACAGACUAUGAGUUCCGUGUUUUAUCAGCCAAUAUGGCUGGCAGCACAUUUUCAAAUUGGACAUUACAAAGAACAGCAGAGGCAGCUCCUGUAUUCAUGCCACUUCCAUCAGUAUUCCCUCUUUCACCAUAUUCUCUGAAUGUGUCUUGGGAAAAGCCACAAGAUAAUGAAGCAAGAGGAGAAGUGAUGGGGUAUAGCGUCAAUGUAAUUACCGAACAAAAAGUAUUGCCAAUGUUUUCUCAGCCUUUGUAUGUUGCUGAAGCCCAUGAGCAAUCCUUUGUAAUGACUGGACUGGAGCCAUACAGAAUGUACUUUUUUACCAUUACUCUCUGCAAUCGAAUUGGAUGCGUCGACAGUAAGCCAGGAAUGGGACAAACUUUAGCUGCUGCUCCAGUUCAGCUAAUAGCACCUGACACUGAAGGAAUAAACAGCACUGUAAUAAAGAUAACUUGGUAUGAGCCUGAAGAACUUAAUGGACCUCCUCCAGUUUAUCAGCUGGAAAGAACAGAUAUAUCUUUAGUAACAUCCACUGUAAAUGUAAAAAAAGGAACCCGUUUUCCAGGAAAUGGGUAUUACAAGUUUCCAAAUUCUGUGUUGCCUACAAACACUUAUUUUACAGGUAUUAAGAUAAGCUUUAAAACUGCAGAACUUGAUGGUCUACUUUUUCUCUCUAUGUCACCUGGUAAUCAAGAAGAAUACAUUGUCCUUCAGUUGAGAAGAGGCCGUCCUUAUUUUCUCUUUGAUCCACAGGGUUCUGCUAUUGCUGUAACUCCAGAAAAUGAUGGUGGAAGGCAAUAUAAUGAUAACAAUUGGCAUCAUAUAAGUGCAAUAAGAAAUCAAGCCUUGGGAACAAUAAUUAUAGAUUGGCAAUUCUCAGGUUCCUCAUCAGCUACAAGUGGUAGUACCAUUAUAGGAGAAAAUACAGGUAUUUUUGUUGGAGGACUUCCACAAGACUUUAUAAUUGAAAGAAAAGACAUAGUCACAAAGGGAUUUGUGGGGUGUCUCUGUGAUAUCUUCUUGCAAAAGAUGCACCAUCCCUAUGAAGUCUGGGAAUCUUUAAAAUGGGAAAAAGCAGUGGAGCAAAGAAAUGUUUAUCACAAUUGGGAAGGUUGUCCUACUUGCCUUGAAGAUGGAGCACAUUUUCUUGGGAAAGGUUUCCUAGAACUCCAUUCAAAUAUUUUUCAUGGUGGCAUGGAUUUUGAGAUCUCCUUUAUGUUUAAAACAGAUCAAUUCAGUGGUUUACUUCUGUUCAUUUACAACAAAGAUGGGCCUGAUUAUAUUGCUGUAGAACUGAAAAGUGGAAGUCUGAUUUUCCUACUAAAUAAUGGCAUUGUCUCCACACGUGUGAAUCUCUGGUUAGGACUAUCUUACUGUGAUGGAAAGUGGAAUAAAAUGAUUUUGUCAAAAAGAGGAUCGGUAGCUUCAGCAAGGAUGAAUGAAUGGACAGACCAUGUGAUGGAACCUGAUUUGAAGCAACUAUUUGUAAACUCUCCAGUCUAUCUUGGAGGGACUCCAGUUGAGAUCCAAGAAACAUUUAAAGACCUGGGCUUAGAACAGGGUUUUGGAGGCUGCAUGAAGGAUGUUAAAUUUACACGAAGUGCUGUCGUUAACUUGGCAUCUGUGUCCAGCAGUGCUGUCAGAGUCAAUCUGGAUGGAUGCCUAUCAACUGACAGUGCUGUAAACUGCAGGGGAAAUGACUCCAUCUUAGUGUAUCAAGGCAAAGAGAAACAUGUAUAUGAUAAUGGUCUGCAACCAUUUACAGAAUAUUUAUAUCGGGUAAUUGCUUCUAAUGAAGGAGGAUCUGUAUCUAGUGCCUGGAGCCGUAGUCGCACAAGAGAAUCAGUACCACAAAACGUGCUGACACUCUCAAGAAUUCACAGCAUAAAUGGUCACAGCAUUGAAGUUACAUGGGAUGAACCAGUUGGGGUCAAAGGUGUAAUUGAAAAGUACAUUUUGAAAGCUUCCAGUGAAGAUGGUUCCAACAUAUCUGUUGUCAGUACAGAGAUUUCUAAUACUAGUUCAUGUACAGGCCUGCUGACAGGUUUGCGUCCCUUUGCAAACUAUGCUGUAACCCUAAUGGCUUGCACUUUGGCGGGCUGUACGGAGAGCUCACAUGCCUUGAACAUCUCCACUCCACAAGAAGCUCCACAAAAUGUCCACCCACCCACAAGUGUUUCAUUCCCCACAUCUUUAUGGUUGAGUUGGACUCCUCCAAAAGCACCAAAUGGCAUAAUCACACAAUAUAUUUUAUAUAUGAAUGCUCAACAAAUUUAUACUGGAAAUGAAACCAAGCUUAUUGUCAAAGAUUUGAAAGUUUUUACCCCAUACCAGUUUUGUAUCUCUGUUUGCACAAUGGUUGGCUGCAAAAACAGUACACAAGUCACAGUGCUUACAACGGAGUUCCCACCAGUUCACGUGGAUGUGCCAGAUCUGAUCAUUUUGGAUUCUAGAACACUAGAAGCACAGUGGGAUAUUCCAAAGGAAGUAAAUGGAAUGAUAUAUAACUGUAUCCUGUACAUUGCCAGGAAAGAGAAAACAUCUAUAGUUUGGGAUGCAAUUUAUAACUCUACAGAUCUUUUUCAGAACUAUACUGUACAAGACCUUUCCCCUGGUACUGAAUACUUCAUCAAGUUAGCAGUCUGCACUACAGGUGGCUGUACAAUGAGUGAAAUCAUUUCAGUAAAAACAAUGAACACUGGCCCAGAAGGGGUUCCAGCUCCUGAAGUCCAGUCAUAUUCCUCUGACUCUUUUAACAUUUCAUGGACUAAGCCAGAGUAUAUGAAUGGAUUUAUUACCAGCUAUGGAUUGUACAUGAAUGGCACUCUGGUGCAGAAUUCCUCAAAACUGACCUAUUAUAUUUCUGGCCUUUCUCCUUGGAGUCUCCAUGCCUUCAGAGUUCAAGCAUGCACAGCAAAUGGCUGUGCUUUGGGCCCACUGGUAAAAGUUCGUACAACUGAAGAUGUACCUGAAGGAAACAUUGAACUAUUUGUAAUUAAUGAUGGAACCAAAGAAGUUAAAGUGAAAUGGUUUCCUCUGAAUGAACCCAAUGGGCAAAUAACGUAUACUGUACUUUUCACUGGAAUCUUUUACACUGACAAAGCUAAUGGAAAUUACAGUAUUUUAAAUUGCACACAAAUUUUACAUAUCGGCAAAGAAGCAAAUGUCUGGGUGUCCAUUGGAGGACUAAUUCCAUUUUCCAACUACACAGUGAAAGUGAAUGCUUCUAAUAGCCAAGGUUAUGUGAUCAGUGUUCCUGUAGAAAUUGCUCUGCCUGCUGGUGCUCCAGAUGGCAUGUUGCCUCCUAGACUUUCAUCUGCUACUCCAACCAGUCUUCAGGUUUUCUGGUCUACACCAGUUCGCAACAAUGCUCCAGGCUUACCCACAUACCGACUGCAAAUAAGAUUUAAGAACUGCUCAGAAAAUAAUACAGAAUUGUUUUCUAAACCAACAAUUUAUUUACAUCACAUACUGAAGGAUCUGCAACCAUAUACAUCUUAUGAGUUGAGAGUUAUUGCCUGCAAUGAAUAUGGUGAUACAUUCAGCAACUGGACUCUGAUAGAUACAGAAGAGGAUAAACCAGGUCCUAUUGACCCACCACUAAUCCUGGAAGUGAAAGCCAGAGAAACAACCAUUUCCUGGCAGCCUCCUUUAAGGCCAAAUGGCAUUGUCACCCACUACAACAUCUAUCAAAACAGCCAUCUGCAUGCUACUGUUCCAGGAGCUAGAGCAAAAUAUAUUGCAUCUUUCUUGCAACCAUAUACAGUUUACCGAUUUCAAGUAGAAGGAUGCACUUCCAAAGGGUGCUCCCUUUCCUCUGAGAGCCUACCUAUACAAACCCUUCCAGAUGCACCUGAAGACAUCCCUGCUCCAGAAUUAUACUCAGACACACCAACAUCUGUGCUUGUGUCAUGGCAAUCUCCGCUUCAUUUAAAUGGACCAGUUGAAAGCUUCACAAUAGAGAGGAGAAUAAAGGGAACAGAACAAGUAUCCGCAGUAGCCUCUUUUCCUUCCAAUUGUUCCAAGAGUUAUCUAGACAAAAGUACCGGUCUUAGCCCUUGGAAAAAAUAUGAAUACAGAAUAUUGGCAAGCACUUUCCAAGGUGGCAUUAACAGCAGUUCUUGGGUAGAAGUCAUCACAAGGCCCUCAAGACCUGAAAACAUCCAGGCUCCUAUGGUGCAAGCAUUAGAUCCAUAUACUGCCCAGGUUUCCUGGGAGUCUCCUUCUAUUUUAAAUGGAGAAAUAUUGAGCUAUGAGAUCUACAUGCCAAACCCUCAGAUCACUAUAACUAACAAUUUGACAACUUUUAUGAGCCACAUAGUAACCAACCUGAUCCCUUUCACAAAUUACUCGGUUACCAUAGAAGCUUGUACUGGAGGUGGAGAUUACAUUGGAGGGUGCACCAAGAGUCUACCAACAUAUAUGGUUACACUUCCAACAUUUCCCCAAAAUAUCAGUUCUGUGACUGUGACCCCAAUUAAUGAAUCAGUAAUUACUGUGUAUUGGCAACCACCAUCUAAACCCAAUGGACAUCACAUAAGAUAUGAGCUCCUGAGACUUAAAAUCCAGCAGCCACUUGCGUCAAAUCCCCCUGAAGAUUUAAAUCUCUGGGACAAUAUUUACUCAGGAACUCAGUGGUUUUAUGAAGAUAAGGGUCUUAGCAGGAAUACAACAUAUGCAUAUAAGCUGAUAGUACGUAAUGAAGUAGGAUAUAUGUCAAGUGAAGAAGUGAUUGUUACAACAUUAGGAGGAUUUUCAGAGAAAGGCACUAAUGUUACUGCAAAGCCUCUUAACCACACCGCUAUAGAAGUGAAAUGGACCACUCCAACCUUAUAAGAUGUUCAAGGAAGUGUUGAAUAUUAUUUCCUUUCCUGGAAUGACACUGCAAAUAACUCCAAAAAGGUCCCUGCAAGUAAAAAUAGUGCUGUUAUUGGUGAAUUAUAUCCAAAUAGACAGUAUCAGAUUUUGCUUCAAGUUUUCAAUGGACUUCACAGCAUCAAAAGUGAACUUGUGCAAGUGACUACACCAGAUGUAGAGCCAGAGGGCCUGUUUCCUCCAGAGAUUGUAAUCAUCAAUAGUACAGCUGUAUGUGUCAUUUUGGCAUUGCCUUCAAACUCAAAUGGUGUUGUCACAGAAUAUUCUAUUUAUGUAAAUAAUAACCGAUUUGAGACCAGAAUGAAAGAGCCUGGAUAUUUCAUUGUAGAAGAUUUGUCUCCAUUCACUCUUUAUGACAUACAGGUUGAAUCCUGUAGAAGAAAUAUUUGUGUGAGAAGUAAUGGAACUAAAAUUAGAACUGCAGAAGAUGUACCUGAAGACUUAUCACCACCAUGGAUCUAUGUCCUUGGUUCAAGAUCACUUCAGAUUAACUGGACAUCACCAGGACAACCAAAUGGCAUUAUUUUAGGAUAUGAACUAUUGCGGAAAGCUCAACAUCCCUGCACUGAGGAAAAGCAACUGUCAAAAUAUCAAAGUGAAGGAACUUGCCUGCUCUUGGAAUGCAACAUUCAUGAAAACAUGCAUGGAAGACGAUGCUGUAAUCCCCAUUGUAAGAUAUGUUACAAUGGGAAUCAGUACAAUACUCCAAGUUUCCAAUGCUGUGUGGACAAGUAUCUUUCAUUUCUUCUGAAUGCAUCAUGUGCUUGUUGUGGACGUCAGAGGUAUACAGUGGAACCAGAGUAUCAAUGUUGGGGUAACUAUUCUACACGGAUAUUCACAGGAAUGUUCUGUUGUAGACAUGAAUAUGUGAAUAUGUCAAGUAUAGUAUGCUGCUCAGCUUUCAGUGGUGAAACUAAAGCCCACAUUAAAAAGAAUAACUCAGUGCCAUUAAAAUGCUGUGUGACUGAACUUAUUCCAGAGAGCGAAGAAUGUUGUAAUGGACUUGGAUAUAAUCCCUUGAAAUAUGUUUGCGCUGACAGGAUUUCAUCUAGAAUGAUGAUGAAGAUAAAAGAAGAAUCGAAAUGCAUCCCACUGUGUCCUAGAUCUACUGAAGAAGUGACAUACUGUGGACAGUGUAUCUUUGAUGAGCAUAGUUAUUUAUGUGCUUGGAUAAAGAGUUCUCAUAGUUAUACAAAAAAUAAAGACAAUAAAAGGAUCUGCCCAUCUUUGGAGGAAAAGAUUUAUACAGGAGGCCCAACUCAGUAUUCAUUCAAAGAUAAGAAUCUAGAACCUCAUAUUACAUAUGAAUACAGGCUAGCUGCGUGGAACAAACAUGGGAAAGGUUUUAGUGAAAUGAACAAUGCAACCACUAACCAAGAUGUCCCUGAAGGUGUAAGUCCACCUCAUUGGACAAAAGUGGAUAAUCGUGAAGAUGUAAUAUUUUUAACAUGGAAUGAACCUUGUCAACCAAAUGGUAUCAUCAUUUAUUAUAUUAUUCUCCGAAAUGGAGUUGAACAUUUCAGAGGAAAGGAACUGAGCUUCAUGGACACCAGUGGUAUUCAACCAUACCAGGAAUACUCAUAUUUACUGCGUGCUUGCACCGUGGCUGGAUGUUCAGACAGUAGCACGGUAAUUGCAGUCACUGUCCAAGGAAUUCCGGAGAAUGUUCUGCCACCAACAAUUAUACCUCUAAAUGCAACAACCUUGCAUUUGAGUUGGGUGGAACCAAAGAAGCCAAAUGGUUUAAUCAAAAAAUACCUCAUCCAUCAAAUUGGAAGGGGAAUUAUAUGUACUGGCCCUGCAGACCAGGUGCAGCACACUGUCACAGAUCUUCAGCCUUAUGAAAACUACAAUUUCACACUCACAGCAUGUACAUUUGCUGGUUGUACUACCAGUCAGACAAAUUCAGGUAGAACAUUGCAAGCUGCUCCUCAAGGAGUAUGGUCACAGCCUCGUCAUAUUACCGUAAGCUCUAAAAUAGUAGAAUUGUAUUGGGAUGAGCCAGAAAAAAACAAUGGAAUUGUCAUUCAAUAUAGAUUAUUUUGUAAUGGAGAAGAGAUUUUCAAUGGUGGUGGAGAAAAUAUGAAUUUCACUCAUUCUGCCAUGCAACCAAAUGACAGAUAUGUUUACCAGCUAGAAGCCAGUACAUGGGGUGGUAGCAAUAUCAGUGAGAAAUAUAUUGUCCAGACACCAGCAACAACACCGGAGGAGAUUCACAUACCAUAUAAUAUCACAGUAAUCAAUGCAUAUUCCAUAUUUGUAGCAUGGAACAUUCCUGGGUCAUUUGAGAGCAAUGUGCCUUUGGAGUACAAUAUAUUACUAGAUGCUGGCAGUACCUCCCCACUUGUAAAACCAGUUGGGCAACCCAAAUUCAUUCUUCUGAAUGGACUUGAUCCAUACACCAAAUACGAGAUAAGGAUACAAGCCUGCCAGAAUGCUGGCUGCGGAGUUGGUGAACGAGUAUAUGCAACCACUGCUGAAGCCUUUCCUGAAGAUUUGAAUCCUCCUAUCAUUUCAGCCAUUGGACCAAGAUGUAUAUAUGUGAAAUGGUUACCUCCUAAAAAAUCCAAUGGGAUAAUUAGAAACUACUUUAUUUACAGGCGUCCUAUGGAGACUCAAGAGGAAAUGCUUGUGUUCAUCUGGUCUGAAGGCACUUUAGAAUUUAUUGAUGCUACAGAUGUUCUUCAGUCAUUUACAGAGUACGAAUACCGUGUCAAGGCUCAGAAUUCCAAAGGUUCUGUAAAUAGUUCUUGGGCUUCAACGCAGACCCUAGAAGCUCCACCAUCAGGCAUGAAAGCUCCCUCAGCACAAGCGAUCAGUGCUCAUUCUCUGUUCCUAAAUUGGACCAGCCCCAUUUCUCCUAAUGGUGCUAUUUCUCAAUAUCGUGUUGUCUACCAAGAGAGACAGAAUGACCCAACAAUUAACACUCAGGAUGUUACUGCACUAACAGUUCCAGGAGAGAUCUAUCAAACUUACUUAUCUGGUUUGAAGCCAUAUACAACCUACCACAUUCAUAUUGUUGCUGUCAAUAAUGCUGGGCAAGUUGCUAGUCCAUGGACUUCAGUGCGCACCCUGGAAGCUUCCCCAAGUGGCCUAAGCAAUUUUACAGUAGACAAGAAAGAGAAUGGCAGGGCAUUAUUACUCAGGUGGGCAGAGCCCUCCAAGCCCAAUGGUAACAUUAAGAUUUACAAAAUUUUCAAUGAUGGUAAUCUAGAAUAUAGUGGUUUGUCUCGUCAGUUCCUCUUCAGACGUCUUCAGCCUUUCACUGAAUACACUCUCCUUCUUGAAGCUUGUACAGCAGCUGGUUGCACUCACUCUUCACCGCAGCAAAUUUGGACAGAUACAGCCCCUCCUGCUUCUCAAAUGGCUCCUGUAAUCCAUUUGGUGAAUGCAACCAACAUUGAAUUGAGCUGGUCUGAGCCAAUUAAUUCAAAUGGAAAAAUAAUACGCUAUGAAGUUAUUCACAGACAUACCAAAGAAAAUGCUUCAGGGGAAAGUAGCACGACAGAAAAAGAGAACAUUGUUUUCACAGAAUAUAACACUGGGAGUAAUGCAUUUGUAUAUCAUGCUCAGAAUUUGCAGCCAUGGACUACAUAUGAAUAUAAAAUACGUGCCUGGAAUUCAGCAGGCUACACUGAUAGUCCUUGGUCUGCUGCAAAAACCAGUCAAGCUGCCCCGGAAGGCAUGGCUGCUCCCACAUUAACUUAUAUCCCUCAAAAUCCCAGCAAAAUAUGGAUUUCAUGGUCAUUCCCAGAAAAAAGCAAUGGUAUUCUGCUGUCAUAUAAGCUCCAAAGAAAUAAUGUUCCCUAUCCUUUUAGCUUUGAUGCUUCAACCUUCAAUUAUACUGAUGAAGGCUUGCUUCCAUAUACAGAAUAUAAUUAUGUGAUAACUGCUUGUACCCUGGGAGGAUGCUGCUCUAGUGACCAUUCCAGAAUACGGACAUUAGAGGCAGCCCCAGCAAUAGUCAGCCCUCCUAUUCUAGAAGGUAUACAUUCAACCCAGAUUAAUGUAUCUUGGUCGCCACCCCAAAUUCAAAAUGGCAAAAUCAUAAAGUAUAUUUUAAAGCUGAAUGGUGAAGAACAGUAUGUUGGAAAGGGUUUAUUCAAGACAAUAGUGAAUCUACAACCUUAUACUAAAUAUGACAUCACAUUGUUUGCUUGUACCAAUGGAGGGUGCACUGUUAGUGCAUCCCAAACUGCUUGGACAACAGAAGCCCCUCCUCUUAACUUAGAUCCCCCUAAGUUACGAGUGUUAGAUUCUGAAUCUCUAGAAAUUACAUGGAAAGCUCCCAAUAAUCCAAAUGGUAAAAUCCAGUUUUAUGAGCUAAGGAGGAAUGGAUUGCUGGUUUAUUUGGGUCUAGAUAAACACUUUAAGGAUUUUAUGUUAACUCCUGGAGUAGAAUACUUUUAUACUGUUACUGCAAACAAUAGCCAAGGGAGUGUCACCAGUCAGAUAGCCAAGAUAAGAACCAAUCCUUCUGCCCCAUCUGGAAUGUCUCCACCUCUGUUGCAUCCAUGGACCGCACAGACAAUUUUGGUUAUUUGGGAUCCUCCAGCAAAGAUUAAUGGCAACCUGAUCAAUUAUACUAUCGUUCUUCGGGAGCCUAUUAAAUCACAAAAAAAAGUGAUUUACCUGGAUUCAUUCCACGAUUCUCUUGGAAGACAAUCUUACAAUUUAACAGAACUAAAACCCUAUCACAGGUAUGAAGUACAGAUACAAGCCUGCAGCCUUCUGGGCUGCACUCACAGUGAAUGGUCCUCCAUACAAACUCUUGAAGCACCCCCUGAAAUACAGCCAGCUCCUUUCAUAGAUGUCCAGUCAAGUCCUGAUGGAUUCCAGACUGUUCUUUCCAUUGUAUGGACUGGCCCAAAGUACCCAAAUGGAAACAUCUUACAUUAUGAGCUUUAUCGAAGACAGCCAGUACCCAAUCAACACAAUGCCAGCCUUGUUUAUAAUGGUUCAUCCACUUCAUUCAAAGAUGACAGACUCUUGCCUUUCACCGAAUAUGAAUAUCAGGUUUGGUCAGUUAAUUCUGUUGGCCAAACUGCUAGCAAUUGGACAAAAGGUAAGACUGGCCCAGCCCCUCCUCAAGGACUACCUGCUCCUUUGUUUGAAACAGUAGCUUCUACUUCUGCUGUAGUCAACAUCCGUCCUCCUCUAAAGCCAAAUGGAAUAAUCACCCUCUACAGGUUCUUCUCCAAUAGCACCAAAGGAAAGGAGAACAUGCUCUCAGAAGGAACUACUGCCCAGCAGACAAUCCAUGGACUUAAACCUUUUACCACUUAUUCUAUUGGGGUUGAAGUUUGCACAUGCUUCAACUGCUGCAGUCAGGGACCAAUGGCUCAAAUCACCACUCAGCCAGCUCCACCCAGCCAGCAGCCUUCUCCCCAUAUACAGAGCCUGACUUCAAGAAAUGCUUCUUUUCUGUGGGAUGCUCCUCAGGAACCCAAUGGCAUUGUGACGAGAUAUGAACUCCACAUGUACACAUCCUGUCUUCCUUGGUUACUUCCUAUAGAAAGAGUUUGUAAGCCUGGACCUAUUGAGGUGAGAUAUAAAGGAAAUAACCGGCAUUCCAGUGUGAGUGAACUUCAGCCUUAUACAAGCUACAAACUGAGAGUGGUAUCCUACAAUUCAGUUGGAAGCACCACUUCAGAAUGGAUUACUUUUACUACUGAAAAAGAGGUCCCUCUAUACAAAUCUCCAUUUAUCAUAAUCGGAAAUUUAUCCACCAUCUUUCUGGAUUGGAGUCACACCUUCCUACUGAAUGGGCUUCUGAAGGAAUAUGUGCUAAUGGAAGGAGGGCAACGCAUCUACAGUGGCUUUGAUACCAGACUGUAUUUGCCAAGGACAUCUGACAAAAUUUAUUUAUUUCAGGUGACUUGCAUCACUGAUGAAGGGAGUGCUGUAACACCAGUAAUCAAGUACAAUGCUGCUACUGGAUUUGGUCCUGUCUUGACAACUCCAGGAGAAAAUAACAAAGGCAACACAAAGCAAGCAAUGUUCUACACAGAGUUGUGGUUUGUGAUCCUAAUGGCGAUCCUUGCCUUGAUUCUUCUAGCAAUUUUCCUGUCUCUAAUUCUACAGAGAAAAAUAAACAAGCAGCUGUAUUCACGGGAAAGGCCUCCUUUAGUCUCAGUUCAAAAGAGAAUGUCACCAAUGAAUGUCUAUUCACAAGGAGAAACUCACAUGGGACUGUCAGAUACAAAAAUUCCAGGACCAGCAUCGCCUUUGAGUAUGCACAGCAGUACAAAUGUUUCCGUCCUCCAGGGGCCAAGCCAGAGCCAGAUAGAGGAUAGGUUUUCCCAAGAUUCCCUGCAUGGAAGUGUCAGUCAGCUCAUUGAAGCAUCUGAGAAAAAGUCCUCGGUACAAGAUACUGUUUGGGAUGCCAUUAUUCAUGGCCAUGACAGCAAUUUGUGUGCGGAUUAUGAAGAUCUUGUGAGCACUAUCAAAAGCUUCAGUACAGUCACCAAACCACAUACAACAUUUACUGAUACACACUUGUAAGUUAUUUAGUACUGUUGCCACAGAAUAGAAAAGAUAACAUGAAAAGCCUUGAAUAUUUGCUCUUUGUAGUCAUUAUGAAGUCAUGCUUCUCCUGAAAUUUUUCUAGUGUUUAUGAAUUACAUCUUGUAUUGUAAAUAUGUGAAAGCUAUUUUCUUUCUUUCAAAACUUAGAAGCUUCUUUUCUAGUAGUACAAAUGUAGAGCAAAUGUAUUUAUUUGAGAGGUACAUAUUAUUAAUUUUUUAAAUGCAUUUUUUGGCAAAUAAAUAGUGCUACACAAACUUUAUACAGCUCAUUGAGGGAACUGAUUGGAUAAAAUGGGGAAAAAGUAAAGCCAUACACACAAAUUUAUCAAGGCAG